UUUCGUUUUUUUUUUAACAUAUAAAUAAUCCUCUUUUUGCUGAAAAAAAAGGGAGUAAAAAUAUUUGUUUAAGUUGUAAAGCAACAACUGGUUAAUUGGGAGUGACAGGGUGCGGGAGCGAGACUCUGCAGCAGCUCCGCUCCAUCUCUGUAACUGUGUCAAUUUGGCUUUUUGUCUUUAAGCUUUUUGGUUCUUGGCUCUUUUCUCUCCGUGGGUACCGUGAAAUGAAAAAGAAACUUUGUUCCUUUUCACUCAUCUUCUCUCCCUAAAACAUUUGCCUCAAGAGUGAGGACGAAGGUAAUGGCGUUGUAGGAGUCAAGAGGGUAAGAAAGACGGAAGAAGAAGCAAAGAACAGCCAUCUGAAAGGCGAGAACAAAAACAAGAAGAAUUGAAAGUUGGUAGAAACCAGCCUUUGUGGGGGCAUUUGAAACCAGAGUUCGAGGUCUUUUAUUUAUUUAUUUUUGGAGCAGAAAAACAUUCUCAGAUCUCUAGGAUCUCAGAAUUUCAGGGAAGGGAGCGAGGAGGCGAGUUGGAGCUUGGAUGUUCUUGUUCGUUUCUCGUGAAGAAAAGAAAUUCCCUCUGCUUUUCCUAUUCUUCCCCAUCUUGGUAAUUCAAUUGGGAAAGCAGCUAACUUUGGUGUCGGCUUCUCUGGGAAGGCUUGUUGGUUGCAACUUUAAGUGGAGAAGCGGGGGAUUCCUGGCCGAUUAUGGGAACGGUGGCCUUAUGCCUUAAAUGGGUUCUAGAGCUUGAGUAAGAAAAAGGCGAAGCAAGUUGGGAAGGUUUGGUUUGGAUAAGAGGGUAAAGAAUUGUAGUGGGUCGUGCAAAAAGGAUGGCUUGUCGGGUUGGUGGCUGUGGUUGAUUGAUGAGAGUGUCGUGGUUGUGGCAGGCAGAGCGAAGGGGGCGAAGAAUAGGAGUGACAAAAUUUGGUGGAACUGUGAAGGAAGAAAGAAUAUGGAAGGAAGGUGUUUCAGGAUUUGGGAGUUUGGAUUUCUGGUUUUGGCAUUAAUGGAGAUAUGCUCUGCAACUCUCUCCCCUACAGGCAUUAACUAUGAAGUGGUUGCUUUGGUUGCCAUUAGGAAUGCUCUACACGACCCCUACAGUGUUCUGGAUAACUGGGAUGCCAAUUCAGUGGAUCCUUGUAGCUGGAGGAUGGUCACUUGCUCAUCAGACGGUUAUGUAUCUGCUCUGGGACUUCCCAGUCAGAGCUUGUCUGGCACCUUAUCACCUUCAAUUGGGAACCUUACUAACUUGCAAUCAGUGUUGCUGCAAAACAAUGCUAUUUCAGGCCCCAUCCCCAGCACAAUUGGGAAACUAGACAAGCUUCAGACGCUUGAUCUGUCCAACAAUUCGUUUUAUGGCGAGAUACCGGCUUCCCUAGGGGAUCUCAAGAAUCUUAAUUACUUGCGCUUGAACAACAACAGCCUUACUGGAUCUUGUCCUCAAUCUCUGUCCAAUAUUCAAGGGCUUACCCUUGUGGAUAUCUCCUUCAACAACUUGAGUGGUUCACUGCCAAGAAUAUCAGCAAGAACCUUCAAAGUCAUUGGCAACCCUCUAAUUUGUGGACCUAAGGCUGAUAACAACUGUUCUGCUGUGUUUCCAGAGCCCCUUUCUCUCACACCUGAAGCUUCAUCAGAUGCUACGUCAACCAGUCACCAUGUGGCCAUUGCUUUUGGUGCAAGCUUCAGUGCUGCAUUUGCCAUUAUACUAAUCAUGGGAUUGCUCGUAUGGUGGAGAUAUAGACACAACAAGCAGAUUUUCUUUGAUGUGAAUGAGCAAUAUGAUCCUGAGGUGCGGUUGGGACAUUUGAGGAGAUACACUUUCAAGGAGUUGAGGAGUGCAACUGAUCAUUUUAGUGCGAAGAACAUCCUAGGAAAAGGCGGGUUUGGGAUUGUUUACAAAGGAUGCUUCAAUGAUGGGAGUGUUGUGGCUGUUAAAAGGCUUAAGGACUACAAUGCAGUUGGUGGCGAAAUUCAAUUCCAAACAGAAGUAGAGACGAUCAGUUUGGCUGUCCAUCGCAACCUCCUCAGGCUCUCUGGGUUCUGCACUACUGAGAACGAAAGGAUUCUGGUUUACCCCUACAUGUCUAAUGGCAGUGUUGCAUCUCGGUUAAGAGAUAACAUCCAUGGCAGGCCAGCUUUGGAUUGGGGAAGGCGUAAAAAGAUAGCUUUAGGCACAGCAAGGGGGCUGCUUUACCUACACGAGCAAUGUGACCCAAAGAUCAUCCACCGGGACGUUAAAGCUGCCAAUAUUUUGUUGGAUGAAGACUUUGAGGCUGUUGUUGGGGAUUUUGGGCUAGCAAAGCUCCUGGAUCACAGAGAUUCACACGUAACCACUGCUGUGCGUGGCACUGUUGGGCAUAUUGCUCCAGAAUACCUGUCUACAGGUCAGUCGUCGGAGAAGACCGAUGUCUUUGGAUUCGGGAUCCUGCUCCUCGAGCUGAUAACAGGCCAGAAGGCAUUGGAUUUUGGAAGGGCAGCACACCAGAAGGGUGUAAUGCUUGACUGGGUCAAGAAGCUUCACCAGGAAGGGAAACUGCAAGUAAUGGUGGAUAAAGAUCUGAGAGGCAAGUUUGACCGGGUGGAGCUGGAAGAAAUGGUCCAAGUUGCGCUAUUGUGCACUCAGUUCAACCCUCUUAACCGCCCAAAAAUGUCUGAAGUCCUAAAGAUGUUGGAAGGAGAUGGGUUGGCUGAGAAAUGGGAGGCGGCAUCUCAGAACCUCGAAACUCCAAGGUUCAGAACAUGUGAGUACCCCCUUCAAAGAUACUCCGACUACAUUGAAGAAUCUUCGCUCGUCGUAGAAGCAAUGGAGCUUUCUGGUCCACGAUGAUUGACGAACACCAAGACACAAAUUUCGCCAGAAAGAAAACUGCAGCAAUGCGCGUCAGAGCUCUCGCAUUUUCAUUCUGUACAAACCUGUUUUUUCCACGUUUCUUGGAAAGGGGGAGGCGGGAGGCUGUAUUCCACGAGAGAUCAGAGUAUGUCUAAAGAUUUAAGAAAAGGAAAAAAGAGUUGUAGAGGUUUGAAAAUGUGAUGCUGGUGGUGUCUAGUCAUUGUUGUUGAUGACAUCGUGGUGUGUAAUUCAUCUGUAAAAAGAACUAAUUUGUGGCUUCUUUGACUAGAAAUCAUGUUUGGCUUCUUUGACCAGAAAUCGUUGAAGAUUGUUGUUCCUGUUAUCAGUAGAUUGAUCAGUUCCGGGGAGUGCAAAUUUGUAAG